AGCAUUAUAAUAACUUCAUUAAUUCGACAGCAGUCGUAGUAGUCGGACGCAUCUGCUAUACCCUCAAUAUACUUAUUGUGAUCUGAACUUGCGUAUAGUUGUGUACUCCGUUUCUGAGAGACAAUGUACAAAGUGCUGAGUGUGUGGGCGCUAGUGGUGCUGUGUGCGGGGCUGGUCCACUCCUGGGACUACGCAAUGGCUACAGAAAAACGAAUAGAUUUUUUUAAAAACGAUGCGGUAACACACAGCAUCGUAAGUCUCCAGUUUAAGAACCUCACGGCGUUAGCUUACGACGCACUCCACGACACGCUCCUGAUCGUCGACCAACAGACAGACAACUCUUCCGUAUACCGAUUGAACUUCACAUCCAACGACAUCGAGCUCAUACUUACCAGGAAACAGAUCCAGACUAUAGCCUACGACCCAGUCAAGAAUUUACUUUUCUGGGUUCAGAAAAUAAAUAUUUUUUCGAUACCUUUAAAGUCUGGAUCUAAAUGCGACGUCAGUGAACAAAAUCUUGUAAUUAAGUUGCCUGAUCAAAUCCCAAGUUCUAUUGCAGUGGACAGUUGUGAAGGGUUUGUUUACUGGACCAACAAAAACAUUGCGAAGCCUACAAUAGAGAGAGUUCGAUUUGAUGGCUCAGCAAGAGAAGUUGUGAUAGAUAAGGAUAUCCAUGAGCCUGAUCAUCUUGUCAUCGACCCUCAGAUAAGGAAAAUGUUUUGGAUUGAUACGAGACGUAAUGAAGCCCACAGUUACAAAUUGAAUCAUGCGUAUUUGAAUGGUACGAACGAAUCCGACUCAGCACUAGGUAAUGAUCGUAUUCCAACAGCAUUGUCUAUCUCAAACCAAUUUGUUUACUGGGCUGAUCAUGGUGUAAAAUUGUUUGUUUAUACACUGCCGAAACCCUAUCUUCUUGGACUUCAUGAAUCCGAGACUGGAGGCCAGCAAUCAUCAAAAAUCGUGGCCAAAUAUACACUUGCAGAACAAACUAAAGGAAUUCAUGAAUGUCCUACUCUAACUAGUUUGCUACAAGAGAAUGCCACCAACAAUGACAACAUUUGUGUUCAUGGUGAGAAAGCUAAUGCCACAUCUUGCACAAGCGCACCUGGCUACAUCGGUGAGAGAUGCGAUGUGUCAGUCUGUCAGAACUAUUGCAUCCAAGGAACCUGCAGUGUCAGUGAUGAGGGGGAACCCUCUUGCAGAUGCGAGUCAGGUUAUUCUGGAGCGAGGUGCGACAUCAACAUGUGCUUCAAUUAUUGUCUGAACAACGGCGUUUGUUACUUUACUGAAGAGAAUGAACCACUCUGCCAAUGCAGUGGAAAUUACCGUGGUUCCAGGUGUGAAGCUAUCAAAAAUAACACAGUCGGUCCAACGUUCAGAUUAGGAGAUAAAAACUAUACCUGGCCAAUUUGUUUUUAAGCAACCGAAAAGUGAAUCCCAAAUUUAUUGUUUUUGAAAUAGAAUCUCCUUAAGAAUUUGAAGACAAUAUGUCGCCGCAUUAGAUUCUCAUUUUUUUUGUUAUCUAUAUUUUACUAGUUACCCACUGAACAGUACAUAGGUACUCGAAAUAUUAUUACAUUUUGCAUUAAAACGUUUUGAAUUAAAAGCUUUGUUCAGUUAGGGUACAUCUUUUUACCAUGCCACAAGUUGUCCUUGAAUUUGGUACGGAUGCAAAUCAACAGCUUGUUUAGGCAAGUAAGCUGAGAGUGUUAACAUUAUUACCAUCACUAAACCAGAACAUUAAAGCUAGUCGGCUUAAGACCUUUUCUAAAUCGUUUCUUACUUUGAUUAUUACCAGGAAUACGUCAGCGUUGUCAACCCCUAGUUUAUGCUCCUGUAAAACCGUAUUACGUAUUUACCAUAAAGCCAGAGUAAGAAUAUAAAUUUUAUUUCAUUUUUAUCUAGGUUUAUUACAUGAGUUUAUUUUAAAAGAAAUUAGAUUUAUGACUGUCGUAAAAUAGGUAUGUAAACUUCAAGCAGUUUUUACAGAAAGUAAAAUUCAAGAUAACUUUGAAAUAACGCGGUCAAACUCUAUACAGAAUACUUAAUUAAAAGUUACUUAACUCUAACAAAACUCAUUAAUCAUAAUGACUAUAAGAU